UUUUGACUGUUCUCUCUCACCACAAACAUUCAACAUUGUUGUUCUUGGCUUGGUUUUGUGGUUGAAUGAGCUGAAAGUUAUGGGUUCAUAGUCAAAAGUGUCCAAGUUCAGAAUGGCAUUUCUUGUAGCAGGAGUAUUAAUUAAGCUUCUGCAGAGUAUGAACUCCAAUGUGAAGGUCAGAGGAGAGCACAGAUCAGUGCUAUUACAACUUAUCAGUAUUGUACCAGCUUUAAAUGGUUCAGAAUUGUGGCCUAAUCAAGGCUUCUUUCUAAAAGUUUCAGAUUCUUCACAUUCUACUUAUGUCUCAUUGUCCAAGCAAGAUCAUGAGUUGAUCUUGAACAACAUCUUACAACUAGGCCAAUUCUUCUAUGUUGAUAAGAUGGAAGCUGGAACUCCAGUUCCGGUUCUUGUUGGGAUUCGACCGGUUCCUGGACGACAACCUUUCGUUGGGACUCCCAAGGAUCUUAUGCAAAUGAUGGAGCCAUCAGUGAGCCUAGUCCAAGAUUAUCAGGAAGGAAAGAGUGGAGGUAAAUCGAAUGAGAGAAUGAGACACAAAUUCGUGAUCAAAGAGGAGAAGAUAAACGUUUCGUCGCGGUAUAUGCAAGGUGUUUCGUCGUUGAAUUCUAGAAGUGGUCAGGUGCAAGCAGUAAACCUGCAAAGCCGGCUUGAUGAAGCUUCUUCAAAGGCAGAAGCCCUUCAGUUCAGUGUCAAGGAGGCUGCUGCAUCGUCUAAGAACAUUCCUGCAAAAGGCACUUCAAACAAACAGGAAACUUUGAAUGCAAAUCGCUUACCUUACAGAAAAGAUAAAACUCAUUCCUCAGAGACUGUCAAAAGGAUUCUUAGAAGGAAAAACAUAGCUUCUAUGGUAGCAAUGGAGGCUCAAAAAGAGGCAAUGGCUGCAGCAUCCUUGGCCAAAUGUCUCAGUGUGUUUGCUGAUCUGUGUUCAUCAGCCUCACCUAAGAAUCCCCAACUCCCUCUCACGAAAUUCUUCACACUGCAGCAGCUAAUCUCUGAAACGAAUUCGAACGAUGCAGUGAAGGAAAACUCGCUUCUUUUGACUAUGAACUCAUCUCUGCCAGAAGCAAAUAAGUCCACAAAAGUUUCCUCUUUAUUCCUAUCAAAGAGUGCUUCACCAAAGUCUGCAAAGGCAGCUAUUGAAUUAAGAGAGGGUGAAAAACAAGAAUGGGCCAGAGGAGAUGGUGCAAAGGAGAUCAAAUUACUAAGAGAUGUUUUGCUGAAGGAAUCAACAUCAUGGUUUUUGAAUUUCUUGGAGGAAGCAUUGGAUGCCGGGUUUCGUGUCGGAAAACAGGACAAGAAGGGUCGGAACAAUGCAGGGCAACAAACGGAGGCGGGCAACCAUAUUGCUGUUGCCUUAUCACAGCUCAAGCAAGCCAAUGAAUGGUUGGAGAAGUUAAAAGGAAAUUUGAGUUCAGGAGAUAAUGGCUCAAGGGAAACCAUUGACAGGAUAAAGCAGAAAGUCUAUUCCUGUUUGCUUGUACAUGUGGAGUCUGCUGCAUCAGUUCUAGAGAAUAGAUUUGACCGUUGUUAAUCUAGAACAGCAAAUUCAAACUCUGUAAAUUGUAUGAUACAAUAAAUUAUCAAGAGUUUGGUCAUUCUUAUCGACAA